AUGCCCAACAGCAGCCUGGCCCUGGGCAGCCUGGACGGGAUUUACAUCGGCGCCGAGUGCCUGCUGGCCCUGUUUGCCACGCUGGGCAAUGCCCUGGUGAUCUGGGCAGUGAGGCUGAACGUGGCUUUCCAGAACACCACGCUCUGUUUCAUCGCAUCCCUGGCGCUGGCCGACGCUGCCAUGGGGCUGCUGGUGAUGCCCCUGGCCAUCGUGGUGAGCCUGGGCACGGCCAUGCCCACCUACGGCUGCCUCUUCAUGUGCUGCCUGAUGCUGGUGUUCAGCAACGCCUCCAUCCUGUCCCUGCUGGCCAUCGCCAUCGACAGGUACCUGCGAGUCAAGCUGCCCACCAGAUAUAAAAUAAUCAUCACAGAGAGGAGAAUUUGGUGGGCCCUGGGGCUGUGCUGGUCCCUGUCCCUGCUGGGAGGGCUCGUGCCCAUGUUUGGCUGGAACAAGGCAGGCCCCAGGAGCUCCAGCUUCCUCAGGUGCAGGUUCAUCUCCGUGAUGAGGAUGGAUUACAUGGUGUAUUUCUGCUUCUUCCUGUGGACCCUCAUGCCCCUGUUCAUCAUGUGUGCUCUGUAUGCUGAGAUCUUCUACAUCAUCCGCACCAAGCUUGGCCAAGGUGUCAGAGGGGCUGGGGCUUUCUAUGGCCACGAGUUCAGGACAGCCAAGUCUCUUGCACUUGUUCUCCUCCUGUUUGCAAUCUCCUGGCUGCCUCUGUGCACUAUAAACUGUGUUUGCUAUUUUCACCCUGAGUCUCAGAUCCCCCCAUAUUUGAUUUACUUGGCGAUCCUCUUAUCCCAUGCCAAUUCUGUCAUGAACCCCAUCGUCUAUGCCUACAAGAUAAAGAAGUUCAGAACCUCAUACCUUUUAAUUUUAAGGACCUACAUUCUGUGCAAAAAACCAGAGCCAGCUCUUACAGGGCAAACAACAGACCCAGAGUCAUGA